AUGUAUAUCAAGUUCGUGCUGCCGAAUGACACACCAUCCCUCGAUGGAAUCACAACGUGCCCGCUGCACUGCCAGUAUGAGCAGAACGACUUCACUAACAAUGUGGACUGUGUGACACAAAAUGUCUUGGAGGCUCAUUUCGGGAUUGGCCCUCCAACAGUCAGCGGAGGGGUUGCUGUGGAUCCCCUUGUCGAUGUCUGUUUGAUUCUCAUGGAUUGGAAGAUUGAAGACUUCUGGCAAGAAGUUUUGAUCUUCAACUGCUUCACCUCCAGAGUCGAGUUCCGAUCUUGGGAGCUUGAAGACUUCGGGGCAGUUUUGCGAGCAUUAGACACAAACAGGGCCACAGAGCUUAGCGAGUCUGGAAAGUGCACAGGGAAGACCUCUGGGGAGCAAAUGCUGCAUUCAUCUGCGGCAACUCUCCUCAGCAGGCUUAGUCAGCGGCUCCUGAUGUCCGUGUCAGCUACGCAAGACUUCGAUGUGGAGUCUUGGGACAUCUCCGGAGCCUUCCUCAAGGGCCUCACCUUCGAACAAAUUCGCGAGCUUCUUCGCGCCCGGGGCAUCUCAGCUCCAAUGAGGAAGGUGGCCCUGGUGGUACCCAGAAACGUGUGGAGACACUUAGCUGCCUGCGACCCUUCCUUCAAGCUCCCUGAGGAUCGCAUCGACGACUAUGUGCUCGUGUGCCUCAAGCCAGUCUACGGUCUGAAUGACGCGCCCCUUGCCUGGCAACUCUGCCUCCAUCAACAUUUUGAAUCGACUGGAGGCAUCCCGAGUCUUCAGGAUGAGAACAUGUUUUUCUGGAUGCGAGGCAAGGGCGAGCAAGGCAUUACAGCACUGGCUACGACCCAUGUUGAUGAUGUCGGUGCUGGAAGCAAAAAGUCCUGGCUCACGGAGCAGUACAACCUGCUGUGUGCCAAGUUCGGACGUGUCACGCGGCAGGAGCUUCCCUUUCAUCACUGCGGUGUUCUUUACAGCAAGACCGCAGAUGGGUUUUCCAUGACUCAAGAUGACUUCUGCAAGAAGCUCAAGCCGGCAACGAUUCCGAACAAGAAGGACGACGCAGCGUCCUCGGUCACGCAAGCCAAGGUGAUGCAUUUGAAACAGGCGAAUGCGGUGAUCAAGCGAGCUCAGGACGAGAUUGGUCAUGGUCUGGGCCUCCACUACCGUAAGCUGAAGCCACCGUUCAAGCUGGCAUGCAUACAUGACUCCAGUGCUGCCGGAAAUGUGCGACACUACGCACAAGAGGGUGUGUUGGUGCUUUUGAUGGAGGACCGACUGAAGGCUCGCGAGGACGAGUAUGAGAAAACGCUCAUGGACCACGAGACACAGCUCCUCUCGGGCAAGGCUCAUCUUCUAUGGGGCCACGGUGCAAAGGCGAAAAGGACCAGCUACAGCACCAGCCACGCCGAAACGUUGGCGGCCAUCAGCGGGCUGGAAGCCAGCAGUCUCAUCACUGUGAGGCUGGCAGAACUUCUGCAUAUGAGCAAGCGCCCUACGGUGACCUCGCUGCUGACUGCUCAAGAACUGGGACUUCGCCAGAUUCCCGUGGAUGACUUCACGGACUGCAAGGACUUUUACGAGCUGGCGAGUGGCGACAAGAGCGUCAGUCAGGACAAAGGUCAGCGCUUGUACAUCCUCGCAUUUCGCGAGGCCCGUCUUCAUGGUCGCGUACGCUGGCUUGUGUUGACGCCUACAGAAAGCAUGACGGCGGAUGGACUCACAAAGAGUAUGGUCGCGCCGCCUCUGAUGGAGCUGCUCUCGACAGGCACUGUCAACUUCUACAACCAAGGCGACCAUAAAAUGCAGCUGCGGCGUCUUCCUCAACUUCAACACGUCAAGGAAGGUGACUACUUUGAGCACGGCCUUCGCGUGUUCUACGACGUCAACGAGACCUAUGGCAUGCAUUUUGGCUUCUAUGAUGACUACUGCGGCGGCUUCUUCGACAAGACCGACCUCUUCUACCUCGACUUCCUCCUCUACCAGCGGCGACGAUGGUGGUUGGUAUUGGAUUGCGAUGACAGCCUGCGUCAUCAUCGGCGUGGAAUGGAUGCUGUGGGGUUCGCUACAAUACUGGUGGAGCCGAAUGCCACGAUUCUGGACUACAACGCCUACGACUUCUUCGAUUACGCCAACCUCUACGAGUACGACGGAGACCACCUACGAAGACCAGGCGGAAGCAUGUGA